GAGCAGACCUGGCAGCCAAUAACAAAAUUUCGGGAACGGCAGACCUCUCCCUUACACCAUUCAGACAACUGCAGAGGCGAGCUCGUUGCACAGAACGACCGCGACCGAACGUCGAUGCCAUCAAUUUGGUCAUCAUUUCAGCAUCGGCACUGUAUUCUUGGUCAACAAAGUUCGAUAUCGAAAUGAGAUGUACCAUAUAUGAAGCUGCCGUUUUCAUUGCUCGCCCCGCGAAGAAAACUGGUCCUUCCCAAACCAGCCUGGACCACCCUGUGUAGGCAUCACAGCAAUUGGUACCAUGGCCAGGGAAAUCCACGCGCAUCCUCGUCAUUGGCCUUCAAUACCCGACCAUCACUCUUGCGAAAUUCAACCAAAAUUGCUCAGCGGCGAACUUAGACCGACAAGUCCACGCACGGUGCAAUCCAUCAGCGUCGUCGUGCCUCCAUGCGGAACAAACGGCCAGGAGCCCAAUGAAAAACACCCCAGCCCCGGGGCUUUUCGCACUCCUCCGUGCUGUUUACCCACCAUCCCCAUAAAGCCAAUCAAUCUCGUCAUCUUUUUCAUCUGCCUAAUAAUCUUGGCUGGUGGAUUAGAUGCCAGCAUGUUCAACUCAUAUGGCAAUCUUGUCCUCGGAUUCGCAGCCUCGGUUCCAAAGUAUUUGUUAUGGAAACCCUCCGCGAUGCGCUGGCUCACGAUCCCAUGUUCUGAGUCAGUACAAGAGUUGGUGCGAUUGUCCCGAGAACGGCACAUCUAGAGUCACCCAAGUCAUUGUAAAACAUGGCGAUGGGACUUACAUGUGGCGGUAGAGAUUACCAUGGUGUAUUACGAGUCCAUUCUCAAUAUACGCGGCAUUCGUACUGUGUCUCUUGAGCCUGC